UAAAAACCUCAACUCGGAACUAUGAAUUUACGGUACAUAUUUGCUGCAAUAGUCAUCUUCUCACUCAGUAUAAUGUCCUACAUAUAUUAUUCAAAAACCAAAGGAGGAAUGAUAGGACUAUCUACUAAUAAUGAAUAUUAUAACGAGAACAUUACAAUGGAUUUGGUUAUGAUCAACAAGCAAUUUACGACAGGCAUGUGGACUGCAAACCCAAUGGGACGAUUGGGAAAUCUGAUGGGGGAAUACGCAACUCUUUAUGCCCUUGCAAAGAUAAAUAGUCGCCAGGCUUAUAUUUUGCCUGAAAUGCACAAACAGCUAUCAAAAAUGUUCCAAAUCACCCUGCCAGUAAUGCACAGUGAGGUGGAUAAGAGGAUUAAGUGGAAAGUCAUCACACUUCAUAACUGGAUGUCCCCUGAGUAUAAAGACAUCCAAGCAGCUUAUGUCAAACUAAAUGGCUAUCCUUGCUCAUGGACUUUCUUCCAUCACAUACAGGAGGAGAUUCUUCGGGAAUUCACAUUCCAUGAUUUUAUUACAGCAGAAGCCAAUGACUACCUCUCCAGAGUACAGGGAGGUAGGAAAAACGUAACUUUCGUUGGUGUGCAUGUUCGCAGAGGAGACUAUGUCCGUAUUUUGCCUGGUAGAUUAGGGGUCCUCGGAGACAAGGCCUACUUUAAAAAAGCCAUGGACUACUUCAGAGCACAGUAUGAAAACCCUCUCUUUAUAAUCACCAGUAAUGGCAUGGAUUGGUGCAAGGAGAAUAUUGAUAACUCAACUGGGGACGUUCACUUUGCUGGAGAUGGGAAAGAAGGUUCUCCUAACAGGGACUUUGCCCUCCUGGCCCACUGUAACCACACUAUUAUGAGCAUAGGGACGUUUGGGUUCUGGGCAGGGUACUUGGUGGGAGGAGAAACAGUUUAUCUUGCAAAUUACACUUUACCAGAAUCAGAUUUUCUCAAAAGAUUCAAGUAUGAAACUUUUUAUCUUCCUCACUGGAUCGGGAUUCCUGCAGACCUGUCUCCAGUCAUGAAAAAGAUGCCAUAAAAUGAAUUGCCAUAGCCCUUGUUAUAACGUGUAUAUUUUAAUGUUCUGGCAAUCAGAAUUCAAACUUAGAAUUUAAUGUUCAUGUUGGGGUGCCGGCAACUAUGAACCUGAAAUAAAUAAAAUCAAAGUCUUGUGCAUUAAAAGAUAUGUUAACCUUUAAUAUAAGCGAAUGUAAAAUUGGUGAGAGUGUUAUUGUCCGCAUUUUUGCAAUUUACAUUUAUAAUUUUUUUUUAAGGUUCCAAAAUAUUAAGGGAAAUAUGUAUACCAGCUGGUCAGUUUCCAACUGUGAUCCGGUCAAGGAAAUUGUCAGAAGAAAGCAAGAGAUUUGGUGUUCCUCUGGUUAGGAGGACCUUAUCUGCUGAAGGAGAUCACCUCACCCGCCAGCUCAGUGCUUGGGGGACUCCCCAUAUUCCCAGUUACUGUUUGAGCCUGAGAUAACUUAGUCCAAUAGCUUUGAGUAGUGGACUGGCAUGGGGGUGCAUUCCUGUCUGAGGAGGAGUAGAGCAUGGUAUAACCCAACAUAUGUGUUGCCACAUAUGACGUAGGGUCUGAUACAGGGUAAGAUUUUAAUGAUGACAGGGAUGAUACUAGAUACACUUGUAGGGGACUGAUAAAUGUGUCCUCAUUUAUUAUGCAUUCCCCCUAAGGUUUGGCCUAAGGUUUGGCCACUACAGGGGCCCUUAGUCACAGCAUGGUCCCUAACUCCCACAAGGUUUGCUGCUAGGUGGUACUAUGUAAUAUAUAUUGAAUGAGCCAUUCGGACUAAGGGUUUUUUGCCAGAGGAAUGUGGAGUUACCUGUGGAACCAUCAAUAGUGUAGGAUGAAUAAUGUGCAGCUAGAUCCUGUCACAGUUCUAUCUAAGAGAUGUAUCCAAAUAGAUAGCUACCUAUAUGAGCAGCUCUUGGCUCCACCAAGGAGUAUUAGAAGGGAUUAGAUCAGGACAACGUUGCCUUGUCAAGCUCUGCAGAGGAAUUGCUCUACUAAUGGUCUUCAUUGUGAGUAUGUAUUGACUACUCCAUGACUGUACACUGUAUCGUUGCUAUAUUCUCCUUUGUGGAUCUGUUCUAAUAAAUCAGUUUGGUUAUAGUUCAAAGAACCACUGGCACCCAUUAUUUUAUAAUA